AUGUGUGUCUUUGCAGGCAUGAGCCUGGCUUCUGUGACACUGGCCAGUGCCCUGCAGGUCAGGGGCGAAGCUCUGUCUGAGGAAGAACUCUGGUCCCUCUUGUCACUGGCUGCUGAGCGGCUCCUGGAAGACCUUCACAAUGAUUCCUCGGAUUAUGUGGUCUGCCCCUGGUCAGCCCUGCUUUCUGCAACUGGAAGUCUUUCUUUCCAAGACCGUGUUUCUCACAUAGAAGCUGCUCCUUUCAAGGCCCCUGAGUUGCUACAGGGGCAAGGUGAGGAUGAGCUGCUUGAUAUGUCACAGCCCUUGCAGCUCCAUGAGCCCUUGCACUCCAUCCUUCUGACCAUGUGUGAAGACCAGCCCAGCAGGCGGCGGCCACUACAGUCAGUUCUGGAAGCUUGUCGAGUCCAUCAGGAAGAAGUGGCUGUGUGCCCAGCCCCUGCCCGUCUCCACAUCAGACGACUGGUGGGCCUGGUUCUGGGAACCAUCUCUGAGAUGGAGAGAAGAGUUGUGGAAGAAAGCACCUGCAUGCAGCAGAGCCGAAGUUACCUGCUCAGGAAGAGGCUGCAAGGGACAAGCAGCGAGAGCCCAAUGACACCGGCCCUGGAGUGUCUGAAUCUUCGCAGAGUUUCAGACAGAAGUACAGAGACCCAGAGCUCCCUGGAGCCACGCUGGAGUACUUCAGCACACAGUCGCUGCAGCCUCUUUGUUAACAGCACUCUUGCAGGUACAUUUCCCCAUGACCAGCAGGAGGGCCAAAGGCUCAGCUCUAGGUCUGUGCUCUUGGCAGAAGCAGGAAGUUCACAGCUGGCAGCUCCUUCUCAAAGGAAUUUCCUGCAAAGAAAGAAAAAGUUUUCCAGGCCGGAGUUCCUACUACUGGCUGGAGAGGCCCCAGUGACCCUACAUCUACCUGGAUCAGUUGUGACCAAAAAAGGGAAAUCCUACUUGGCUCUCAGGGACCUCUGCGUGGUCUUGCUGAGCGGGCAGUGUCUGGAGGUGAAAUGUGAUAUCGAGUCCACAGUGGGAGCUGUCUUCAAUGCUGUCAUGUCCUUCAUCAAUCUUGGGGAGAUCACCUACUUUGGCUUGGCUUACCUGAAAGGCAAAGAGUUCUUUUUCCUGAACAAUGGAACAAGAUUGUGCAAAAUAGCCCCUGAAGGCUGGAGAGAGCAGCUCCUGAAGACCUCCAUGGACACCUUCACACUCUUUCUGAGGAUAAAGUUCUUUGUCAGCCACUGUGGGCUGCUACAGGACAGCCUGACAAGGCAUCAGUUUUACCUGCAGCUUCGUAAAGAUAUCCUUGAGGAGAGGCUGCACUGCAACGAUGAGACACUGCUACAGCUGGGGGUCCUCGCCUUGCAGGCUGAGUUUGGCAAUUACCCUAAGGAGACAGAAAGUAAGGCAUAUUUUCGAGUUGAAGAUUACAUCCCAGCAAGCCUGAUAGAGAGAAUGACUGCUCUCCAGGUCCAAGUCGAAGUCUCAGAGAUGCACCGGCUCUGUUCUGCACCAUGGGGAGAGGAUGCUGAACUGGAGUUCUUGAGGAUCAUUCAGCAGCUCCCAGAAUAUGGAGUGUUAGUUCACCAGAUUUUCCCAGAGAAAAAAAGGCCAGAAGAGGAGCUGGCUUUGGGCAUCUGUGCUAAAGGUGUCAUAGUAUACGAAGUGAAAAACAACAGCAGAAUUGCAGCUUUGCGGUUUUGGUGGAGAGAAACUGGGAAGAUCUCAACUUAUAGGAAAAAGUUCACCAUCACCAGCAGUGUCACUGGGAAAAAGCACACAUUUGUCACUGAUUCAGCCAAGACAUGUAAAUAUUUACUGGGCCUCUGUUCUGCCCAGCAUGGGUUUAAUGCGCAGAUGGGCUCUGGGCAGACUCUCCAUCUUUCAGCUGAUCAGGAUAAGUUUGUGCAAAUGGCAAAUUCAAGCCCUGCCCGGCAGGCCCAGUCCAAGCCUCUUACAUGGAUUCAGAGAUUGUCAUGCUCAGAAAAUCAGUUGUUCAUACCGAGGUUGCAGGACACCAUAGGCGGCCUGCUGAGUGCGUCACUGGAGAACUUCAACUUGGAAACCAAUAAGGAGACUGGUACAGAAGGAAUCAGAGACAGCCUCUGCCCUGGCCAGGAGCAGCUGAAUAGCACCUGUUUGAUCCAGAAGUCAAUGACCUGUGGCCCACUUUCUGGACUGCCUUUUCAGACUAUGAACACAGGGUUCCAGAAUAACAGAAGAAAGAGUGUCAGUGCUGAACCUGGUCGAGAAAUUGUGCAUGUGACACUGAAGCGUGACCGCCAUCUUGGUUUUGGUUUUGUCAUUAAUGAGGGUGAAGACAGAGGCCAAUCUAACCCUGGCAUUUUUAUAUCUUCUAUUAUUCCUGGAGGACCAGCAGAAAAAGCGAAAACAAUUAAACCAGGAGGGCAGAUAUUAGCCUUGAAUCACAUUAGCCUGGAGGGCUUCACAUUUAACAUGGCUGUUAGAAUGAUUCAGAAUUCUCCUGACAACAUAGAAUUAGUCAUUUCUCAAUCAAAAGGUGUUUGUGGAAAUAACCCCUGUGAAGAAAAGAGUAGCACUGGGGUCUUCUCUACCAACAUCCUGAGCAACCAGGGAAACCAGGGAAGUCUAUCAUCACAUACACAGGACCAAGACAGAACUAUUGGAGAGCUGAAAGUGGCUCAGCUACCGAGCUCAAUGCCUCAGCUUUCCUCUCUGCCAUUAAAGGGCUCUUCUUGUCCUCCAUCACCUUCAGAAACCAAUACUGAUAGAAUCUACUUUGUGGAGCUGGUUAAAGAAGAUGGAACACUUGGAUUCAGCGUGACUGGUGGUAUUAACACAAGUGUGCUCUAUGGAGGAAUCUACGUGAAAUCCAUUAUUCCUGGAGGCCCAGCUGCCAAGGAAGGACAGAUCCUUCAGGGUGACCGACUCCUGCAGGUGGAUGGAGUAAGUCUGUGUGGCCUCACCCACAAGCAGGCUGUACAAUAUCUCAAGGGUCCUGGGCAGGUUGUAAGACUGGUGUUAGAGAGAAGAGGCCCCAGGACUGCGCAGCAGUGUCCUUCUGCUAAUGACAGGAUGGGAGAUGAACAUGCGGCUGUUUCCUUGGUAACAGCCCUGCCUGGCAGGCCUGUGAGCUGUGUCUCGGUGACAGAUGGUCUUAAGUUUGAAGUCAAACUGAAAAAGAAUAUCAAUGGUUUGGGAUUCAGUUUUGUGCAGAUGGAGAGAGAAAACUGCAGCCACCUCAAGAAUGAUCUCGUGAGGAUCAAGCGGCUAUUUCCAGGGCAACCAGCUGAGGAACAUGGAGCCAUUGCAGUUGGUGACAUUAUCCUGGCAGUCAAUGGAAGGCCCACAGAAGGCCUUGUCUUCCAGGAGGUGCUCCAUUUACUGCGAGGGGCACCACAGGAAGUCACACUCCUCCUUUGCCGACCCCCUCCAGGUGUGCUGCCUGAGAUGGAGCAGGGAUGGCAGAUAUCUGCACUCUCAGCAGACAAAGAACUCACCAGGGCAACAUGUACUGAUUCAGAACACAGCCCCAGCCUGGACCAAGAGGACAGAUGGAGGGACAGUGCCUCCCUGGAUGCAGGGGAAGGCCUGAAUCUCAGGCCAGAGUCUUUUUACAAGGCCACCAGUGAGGCACAAGGAGGCCAAGACAGAGAGAAACUAUGGGCUGGGUCCUUGACACGUCCUCUGGAGUCCCAUCCUCAUUUAUGUAAACUUCACCAAGAAAUGGAGCCACCAAUAUUGGCUACUUCAUUGGAAAAUGAUUUGAGGCAAAAUUGCUAUUCUGUGUGUGAUAUCAGGAGACUUGGAAGAUUUUCCUUCUCAUCCUCUCUAACCAGACUUGCAACAGAUAUUUUCUGA